CAGAACGUAGUUCUGUAGUUCUGUAGUUCCAUAGAACCUCUCUGAUGCGGCCAAAAGUUUGUAAGUACAAGUGGAAUGUUGCAACAGACAGUUUGGAUCCAGCAGUCAAACAGUGCAGACAGACAUCACAACUUGACUCGAAUUUCUAAAGAGAUCCACAACACCACGAAGAUGCUCGGACAACGUAUUUUUGGCCGAAAGAAGAAACAACAAUCUCAUAAGAAGACUGUGGCUGAUGAGAAGAGACAGCAAUAUAGCCAUCAGGCAAGUGGCGGUGUCCAGGAUGUACCUGCUGCUCCAGUCUCAGCAAAGCCAGCUGAGGCUUGGGAGGACCAACAGGCCAAGAAGAAGAAAUGGUGGAAUCGCCUCUUCGGUUACCUUGAUAAGGAAAGUGUUCCUGGCAGGAGGCCUUCAGCCCCACAGGAAAGACCUACUGUCACCACCUCAGACGCUCAAACUGCGUCACAGAAGGAAGCCAUGAGGAAUUUUUGGCGUUGGCUGUUGAUCAACAACGGGAGGAAACAUCGCGUCUCACCAGUCAACAUCACCAGCGCUGAAAAGACGGACUCACCAAACCCUGAGAGGAGCAGCAGCCCUGCAUCAACGAACAACACAGAUGAGCAGGACGAGCAGGACGAGUGUGACGAGCGUGAAGCCGUGACGCCGUUUUGCUCACUGGAUGACGUCACGCAGGCAGAUUCAGUCGACAUCACUGACCUCGAGGAGAAGCUGUUCAUGGCCCGACUCAACGACAACGAAACAAAUUACAUCUGGGACACUGACAGUUCUCUGGAUAGCCCCAUUGACUGCUUCGGAUUUCCAAACAUUGGGCAGACCUGCUAUAUGAACGCAAGCCUGCAGAGUAUCCUUACAUUAGAGGACUUCAUUGGGGGCAUCAGUCUCAUGGAGCACGUGUGGAGCUCAGUACCUGAGGCUCAUCUGAUGAGAAGCUUGAUGGAUGUCAGGGAUGUUCAUUCGUCCAUAGACGCUCAAGUUAAAAUCCCCUUCCUGCAGUUCUUUAAGGAUGUGGUCUCUGCCCAGGCGCCUGACUUCUGGGACACUCUGCAAAAGGACGCUCAUGAGUUCCUGACUGCAGUCCUGGAACAGAUGAGAGGUCUGGCCCCUCUGCUGCAGGAGACAGCAGCUUUCGUGGGCACACAUUAUACCUGCCCUGUAGAGGAUCACCUGGUGAUCACAAUGGAGAACACCAGGACAUGCAAGAGCUGUGGAGCACAGUCAGUGAGACAGGAGGAAUUCACAAACCUGUCUCUAGACCUCCUCCCUGGAGGCUCUGUAGAGGAGAUGCUCCAGGAGUACCUUAAGGAGACGGAGGUGGAGUUCAGGUGUGACUGCGGAGGGAACACGUCGAGCUGCAGAUCAUCCUUCCUCACUCUGCCACAAGUGCUCAUCCUGCAGCUGAAGAGGUUUCGCUACUCUCCCUUCUUUGAGCUUGAGAAGGUUGAUGACCCUGUCAGGCUGACAAGGGACCUGCUGGUCUCCUCCACACAGGAUGGAGGCUGCUACAGCUUGAUCAGCGCCGUCAGCCAUUUUGGCUCCACAGAAAUGGGACACUACAUCAGCGAAGGCAUCCACCCAGACAACAAUCCGGACGAACCAGAUGAUCAUUGGCUCACCUACAAUGAUUCAAUGGUCUUUGACACGUCCGGCAACUUAGUCUGUGAGCAGCAAGAGAGGGGUGCUUACAUCCUGUUCUACAAGAGAAUAGUGUAACCCAACUGACGACGUGAUGUCGGACUAAGAGACCUGGACACAGUCAAGACGUGAUGUCGGACUAAGGGAUCUGGACACAGUCAAGACGUGAUGUCGGACUAAGGGAUCUGGAUACACCACA